UCUUUGGUGGGGAUCUCCAAGGCCUGGAAGGCUGGAUCGGGGUCGAGGCUCCGGUGGCUGGGCUGAGAUGGGGACGUGGCAUGGCGCUCGGGCGGGGCAACCGGAUUCCUCCCCCGCUGCCCUUUGAAAAGGUUGCCAGCUUCCAGGUGGGGCCUGGAGAUCUCCCGGAAUUACAACUGAUUCCAGCCGACAGAGGUUGAGUUCUGCUGGACACCUGUCUCUUGGCUGGGGAAUUGGGAAUGAAGCAGACGGCAAUGGCGUGUGCUGCUUGAAGGUGCCUUCCCUGGACAGAGUCCUGUGCUGACGCCGUGGCGUGUCAUAGCCAAAAAGGUCACUGCGGUUAAGAAAAAGAGGGCAAGCCUUUGGGGUUUAUUGAGGAGGGUCUGAAACCUCUCUCUAGAGCAAUGGCUGAGCAGGUGGAACCGAAAUCCGAGCUGGACCAGAUGGUGUGGCAGCCAUACGCCCGGACGACGGCGCUCCAUUCCCAGCUGGGCUUGGAGGUGAAACUGGGUUCGCUGGUGCUAUUGCUGAUGGUGACGCUUCUUUGUGGGUUCUUGCCUAUGUGGGUCUUCCAUCGGCCAGGAACCACAACCAGCUCAUCAGCGACUCGGAAUAAAGUAUUAAGUCUGGUGAGCUGUUUUGCCGGCGGCGUCUUCCUGGCUACCUGUCUCCUGGAUUUGAUUCCCGAUUACCUCAGCAGCAUCAACGAGGCCCUGGCUAAUUUGGGAAUCACGCUCUUCUUCCCCCUACAAGAGUUUAUCCUGGCCAUGGGGUUUUUCCUGGUUCUUAUCAUGGAGCAGAUUGUCCUGGCGUACAAGGACCCGUCGGGCUCCCUGGAGGAGACGCAAGCCCUGCUUGGCUCCGCUUCGCAUAACUCCGCCACCAUCCAAGACCAGGGCUGGCCGGAUGGACCUCUGCAGCGGCAGGUGCCCCGGGACAGCCCGAUCGGGGAGCGCCCCCACCUCCACGUGGAUUUCAACUCCCACUCGGCCAUCCGCUGCUUCGUGCUUCUGCUGGCCCUCUCCCUGCACUCCGUCUUCGAGGGGCUGGCCGUGGGGCUGCAGGAGGAGAGCGCCCAGGCCCUGGAGAUCUGUUUGGCCUUGCUGAUCCACAAGGGCGCCAUCGCUUUCAGCCUCAGCUUUAAGCUGCUCCAGAGCCGGCUGCGGCCCCGAGUGGUGGCUGCGUGCCUGGUUCUCUUCUCCAUCAUGUCCCCCUUGGGCAUCGGGCUGGGCGUGGUUCUGACGGAGACCCCUGUGGCUGUGCUCCACGGCCUGUCCCGCAGCGUGCUGGAAGGGCUGGCGGCUGGCACGUUCGUCUACAUCACCUUCUUGGAGAUUCUGCCCCACGAGCUCAGCUCCUCUGAGCAACGGAUCCUCAAAGUUAUCCUCCUCCUGGCUGGGUUCGCAGUUGUCACCAGCAUUCUGUUUAUUAAGAUCUGAGGACUAGGGGUUGGGGGACGGGAGGAUCAUUUCACCAGCUUGGGAAAUGGGCAGGAGAGAAAUAAGGAGCCAUCCCCAUAUAUCAUGGGAUGAGCGAAAAACCCUCUCUGUUCUAGUUAACCUGUUCCAAGAGUUCCCCGAGAGCCCCUUAAAUAUUUUCACCCAGAAGCAAAACUUGGACUGAACUCUCUUUCUCUCCUUUGGAGAUUGCCCUGAAUACGGUUUUUCUCAAAACUGCCUGACUUGAUCAUUUUCGAUCUACCUUCAAACGGUGCCACCAGCUCCCUCAUUCCAAAAGUCCAGUGAGAUCGCACAACCCCGGGUCCAUCUUCCCUGAUGUGGCUGUGUCAUGUUAUCUCACUCCUGUGGGCAAAGCACAAAGCUGUUGUGUGUCUCAUUCAGAACAGAAAUUCGGCCAGGGUGGGUUGAAUUUUGCCUGCUCUUGGCUGGCUUUAGGAAUUAAUCAGGGCUCAGAUUUUGAAACCACCUCUGGUGGUUUCAUUGGGUAAGGGGACAGGGAAAGGUAAGAGGGCUUUCUUCCUCUUUGAAAUGUGAUUUUUGGUGCCAAAACGCUGGGGCUGUUCCCAUCUCCAGUUCUGCUUCCUUGCCUUAAUCUCUUUGGGUGCCUUGAAUAUCUUUGUGUUGGUUUUUUGAAAGGGCUCCAACUCCCCCACCCACCACGUUGCAGGAGAGAUGGGUUAAGAGAAACCAUUUGGUAAAGACGCUCUUGCGGAAGUAUUUUGGGACCAGUGUUCUUCCUCCCUCACCAGCUUGGUAGUUGUGUGUAUGUGGGGUGGACCUCUGCCAAUUUCAGUAUUACGUGCCAAGCGUUCCCUCAACCCCGAUCCUCGGCUUUACGUGAGCUUCUGUGAAGUUCUAAAGGGGGAAUUCACACGUUCGGGUGCUCUCGUAGUGCACGGUGGCUUCUGGACCGACAGAACACGUGCCUCAGAAACGGGAGACGGUUUCACACAGGACCUGCAGCGUUGUAUGCACAAGUAUGAAUUUAGUAAUAACCCUGGUUUGUGAAAAUCUGGAUUCUGUCAUUAACUUGCGUGAUCCAGAGAGAAUCCCUUGGGCAUUAUCUCUCAUUUAUGUACUUGUGCUGGACAAACUGAAUUCCAUUUUUUUUAAAUUAGUCAAUACAGAGAUCUGUCACUCCAAAUAGAGGUAAUUCUGAGCUAUAUAUAUAUUGCAUUCAGAGUAGUGUACUUCACAUGCUAGCAGAUCCUGGAAAAAUAAAUCAGAAACCUGAUCUCACGGGUCCUUUGUAAACAAAAAUGUAAUCAUGGUUGGUACUAACCAUGGUUAAAGACAACAAGUAGGUGUGCAUGCUUUCUAGCUGGAAAGACUUGCACUGUUGAAAUCAUAACAUAGAACACUGAGCAUUUGGGAUAUUCCCAGGGCCGGCGUGCCCAUUGAGGCCAGGUAGGCGGUGGCCUCAGGCGCAGGGUGCCAGAGGGAGCACUGGAGGAGGUGGGGGGGGGAGCGCACGCCACAGAGCUGCAGCCUCCUAUCCCUCCUGCACCGCCGCCACCAGCACACGCCCCCGGCUGGGCGCAGCUGCCAUGGGCAGGCAUCUGCAGCAGUGCAGGCAACCGAGUGGGAGAGCUUGGAGUCCACCCGUGCACCGUCAGAGCCGCCCGCUGCAGCGAUUGGGCCAGCGGUGGCGUGCGCGCUCCCGUGAUGAUGACGUGUGUGCCGUCAUCAUGUAGGCCGGAGCGCUUGCAAGCGCGCAGGGGAGUGCCUGGCCGGCCGCAAAUACCAUAAACCCUUGCACCGCCGCUGGAUAUCCCCCUGGCAUUAAUGCAACCAUUUAACCAUGGUUAAAUGUUAAGCUUCCAAAUGCUCAGCGUAUCAAGCCAUGAUUUUGCCAGUGCCAGUCUUUUGAGGUGGCUGAGUUGUGUAGACCUGCCUGUCAAUUUCAGAUCUGUUUGUUGCCUUCAGCCUGUGUUGGCACUACCCAUGGUUUGCCACAUUAACCCUGGUUAAGAUCCCAAGCUGUGCCAUGGUUUUGAUUGUGCAAGUCCUUCCUACAAGAGGGUCUGUGUAAGCAAAGUAAUUUGCUUAACUGUGGUUUGUUUGGUCCAGGUCUGAUGCAUUAAUGAUGAAUAAUGCAAACAGCGGACUGUAAACUAAACCGUGGUUUCACAUCCUGAUUUGUAGCUGAUCCUUAACCAUGGUCCAGGUUAAUGCCUUUACAACUAGGCAAAAUAUCAUGUCUUUAUCCUGCUCUUCCUCCAAGGACCUCACAAGAGUGUAAAUCGUUCCCUCCUCCACUUUAUAAUCACAACAACCUUGUGGGGUGGGUUAAACUGCCAACAUGCUGUCUACAGCCUUUAGUGUUUCCAUCUUGCAUGAUGAAUGAUAUUCACCAGCAGUUCAUGUGUCUGAAUUUCCUUUGCUUUUUUUCUUGCCUUGGUUUAAGUUCUGGAUGGUUUACGGACUCAUGUAUUGUUCCAAGCAUUGACGUAGCCCUUGCUUUGGGUAGUCAGACUUCGGAAAAGUUGCAGUUGCUGUUGUAAGAGUGGAUGAAGAAUAGGUGUUAUUCGGCCUAAGGUACAGAGUUUUUCACUGCAAACAGAGAUCAGCCCAUUUCUCAAGCUGGGCAUUUUGAAUGCAUUUUGGGUUAUUUGAAUCCCUGUACCUGCAUUUCUUUCUCCAACCCAUUUCCUGGGGUUUUUUGUGGAGUUUUUUAAGGGGUUGGGGAUUUUUUUGCUGUUAGAGUUCAUUGAGAGAUUUUCAUUUAUGCGUUCCCUAGAAAAUUCUCUCAUCUGGAAGCUUGAAAGAAAAGCGUUUUAUUAUUCAGAGGCGACAUCAAUGUAUCUUUUAUUAGUGUUAUUAAAUAAACUUGGUGUAGCCUUUUAAGCAGCGAACCUUCAAAAGAGCUGUCUCCCAGCAGUCAAGCAUAAGUUUUCUGGGCCUGUUAACAAAGGCACGGUGUCUGCCCCCAUCCCAUAAAAAAUAUUUUUGAAAUUGUAGCAAUAGCCCCCGCUCCCCGAGUUGUAGUAAAAUAUACUCAUUCUCUGGGGUCUUGGAACAAGUUCAGCGCUCCCUAGCGGAGUGGGAAGUGAACGGAAUGUGAGAAUUUGGGGACAGCCAAAAGGAAGCGCUCCUUCACUCGCAGUAGCUUGUAGCCACUAGUUUCGGUUGACUUGAAAAGGGGAUUAGACAGAUCCAUGGAGAAGAAGUCCGUCGACUGCUGUUGAUCGCGAGGAUGGAAUGGAACCUUCAUGUUCAAGAGCAGUGUAUCUUUGAACAUCAGUGGUGACAGAGGGAGGCUUUGACCUCUCAGCCCUUGCUUGUAUGCCCCCUAAGGACAUCUGGUUGGCCACGACAGGAUCCUAAACAAGAGAGAACAUUGGUCUAGAAUGGUUCCUCUUUUAAGGAAGAUUACUGGCGGUUCAGGGGUCAUGGUUGUCUUCCAGGGAAGUUGGUCUUGAUUCAUUUAUAUCUCACUUCUCCCCCCGCUUGGGGACCCAGCGCAGCUUACGAUACAAAAAAGGAGGACCAAAAAACCUGAACAGAAACAGCCAAAACAGGAGAAGCGGGGCCAAAAACCAUUCACCCUCUCCAAAAUAGUAGAGUUCAGUAGGGCCUUUUAAGAUGAGCCAACUUGAUUGUGGCGUAAGCUUUCGAGAACCACAGCUGUCUUUGUCAGAUGCAUCUGACGAAGAGAGCUGUGGUUCUCGAAAGCUUAUGCCACGAUCAAGUUGGUUCGUCUUAAAGGUGCUACCUCACUUUUUAAUAUUUUGCUACUACAGACUAACACGGCUAACUCCUGGAUCUAUCACCUGCUCCAGGAAUAUCUCCAUGAUUUGAUCUUGACGCACGAGAGAGAUGGGAGUUUGGGGCUAGUUUGUAGAAUCAUUUCUUUGCUGGUUUCUUUUGGAGCUGCCCUUUAUGGCUCUCUCUGUAUCUUUGCAGUGGUUUUUUAAGGGGGUUGUGAUGGGGGCGUGGGCUCGGGCACUGUCGGCUGGCAGAAUUUGCUGUGUGUGAAGCGUCACGUGCCCUGCUUUGGUUUCCUCACCAGCUGAAAAAACACAGAUGUAUCGUAGCGUGCCAAAGCUGCUAAUGACAUGAACCAAAUAAAAGGCUUGUGCUCCA